UACGACGACUCCUACUCCGACUUCGGCCGAUUCAGGCCUCCGGUCCGUGAGGGUCCGGUCACCCGCAGCGCCAGUCGAGCCGCGUCUCUUCACUCUCUGUCUGACGCCUCGUCAGAUUCAUUCAACCAUUCACCAGAGUCUGUGGACACUAAGCUGAACUUCAGUAAUCUGCUGAUGAUGUAUCAGGACAGCGGCGGCAGUCCAGACUCCAGCAAGGAGGACAACUCACGCCUGUCCAUGUUACCGCACCUCGCCGACCUCGUCAGCUACAGCAUCCAGAAAGUCAUCGGAUUCGCCAAGAUGAUCCCUGGAUUCAGGGACCUGACGGCAGAAGAUCAGAUCGCUCUGCUCAAGUCCAGCGCUAUCGAGAUCAUCAUGCUGCGCUCCAAUAUUAUUUUUUUCUCUGGAUCUUUUGUGUGUGAGUCAAGGCGUUUACGGUAUGAAUGCAUGGGUCUGUUCUCUGCAGAUCGGCCCGGCGUUCAGGACCACGCUCAGAUCGAGGCGCUGCAGGAUCGUCUGUGUGACGUCCUGCAGGCGUACAUCCGGAUCCAUCACCCCGGCGGCCGUCUGUUGUACGCCAAGAUGAUCCAGAAGCUGGCGGACCUGCGCAGCCUGAACGAGGAGCACUCCAAGCAGUACCGCUCGCUGUCCUUCCAGCCCGAGCACAGCAUGCAGCUGACGCCGCUGGUGCUGGAGGUGUUCGGCAGCGAGGUGUCCUAGUGACCCAGAGCCCCCCGGCAGCUCACGGGACGCCGCUAGAGCCACGGGGGGCUGCAAGGUCUGGAUAGCGUCUCGGGAUUCCCGCUUUUAAGCUACGGGGAAUUUCUGAAAGGAAUGUAUUAAUAAUGUAUGGAUAGAACGAUGCAUAUAAACUAAUAUUUAUAUUUAAGAGAGAGAGAGAUGGUUUGUAUUAAAUGAAAACGUAUGGCCAGGUGAUCCUCUGUUGUAAUAGGAUUAGCAGGCUCUUCUAGUUCAUGUGCGUAGAUGAGUGUGUGUGUGUGUGAGAGACGUACACAAGUUGACAAAAUUAAGUGCAAUUCGAAUUCACAAUGGUUCUGUUCCAAAAUCUAGUGAGCGCCCUACGUAGGCAGCAUUUCAAGACAUCAUAUGUGACCCUGGAGCACAGUCAUAAGUAGCACGGGUAUAUUUGUAGCAAUAGCCAAC